CCGAGUCGCGCACUUCCCCAGGAGUGGUGGAGGUUCGAUCACGUGACGGGGGCCGGAACUGGGCAAGCUGUGAGAAACGCAGGGUUUUGACCAAAACAAACGGCGACGCUGCCGCGGCAGGGUCUAUGGCCGAGGCGGUGAGGCCCACUCGCCGGGCCAAGGCCAGCCGGACUAAAACCAAGGAAAAGAAGAAAUGUGAAACUCUUCAGAGGGAAGAGUCUGAUGAAGUAUCCCUGCCAAAAACCUCCAGAGAGUUGGAAAUCACUCCUCUAGCUUGUGAGCUCACAGAAGGCCACCUGAAGGUGUUAACUGAUUCCCAGCUCCAGGAUGUUGCCAGUGUACAAAAUGAGAGUGAAAUGUUUGAUGUACCACUCACCUCCUUAACUAUAAGCAGGGAAGGGUCCCCAACAUGUAACACUGAGACCCAGAAAGAAGAGAAUGAGGUCAGAGCCUGUGUUGGGGACGAUGCAUUCAAGUUGAAGGCCAGCCCCGGAGAUUAUGUUGGAACCAAAGUAGAAAGCCCCAAAAACUUUACAGAAGUAGAGAAAAAUAAAGUGGUACAAUGUGGACCUUCUGAAAGCACACUGCAGUCUACUAUUUCUUCUACUCAGCAGGAAAUGGAAAAUUUACAGGUCAGAGAAACUCCAAAUAGGAAAGAACACACCCAAGUUCUGGAUCUUUCUUCAGAGGUGCUACAACAUGUUGGCUUGCAGAGUUCUUGUGAAGCCACAGACCUUUUCCAGCCACCUAAAGUGAAAAAACUGUAUCCCCAGUUGCCAGCUGAAGUUGCUGAAGUACCAGCUCUGGUGGCAGUAAAACCCUUGCUUCGUAAUGAGCGACUGUACCCGGAGCUCCCAUCUCAGCCAGAACUAGUACCAUUUACUAAAGAACAGCUAAAAAUCUUUGAGCCUGGUUCAUGGCUAGAAAAUGUGGAAUCAUAUUUAGAAGAAUUUGACAGCAUGGCUCACCAGGAUAGACAUGAAUUUUAUGAAUUGAUUUUGAACUACUCUCGAUGUAGGAAGCAACUGCUACUAGCCGAAGCUGAGCUUCUUGCUUUGACAUCUGAUUGCCAAAAUGCUAAAAGUCGACUAUGGCACUUUAAGGAGGAACAGUUGUCUGUGCAGGGCAUCUGUGCAGAUCAAGUGAAAGUUUCAGGCUAUCAUCGCUACCAAAGAGUAGAGAUGAAUGAAAAUGCACUGGGAGAGCUAAAGAAGCUAUUUGAUGCCAAAUCUGAGCACCUCCACCAGACCCUGGCUCUGCAUUCUUACACCUCUGUGCUCUCAAGGUUGCAAGUGGAGUCUUACCUCUAUGCGUUACUCAAUAGUUCAGCUGUUCUCAGAUCCUUAGCAAUUCAUCAGCAAGGCCGAGCUUCUAAGCAGACAGAAAGCAUUCCCUCUGAUCUGUGUCAACUAAAGGAGUGCAUUAGUGUCUUAUUCAUGUUCACCAGGAGAGUUAAUGAAGAUACUCAGUUCCAUGACGAUAUUCUUCUCUGGCUGCAGAAAUUGGUAUCAGUGUUACAAAGAGUUGGCUGUCCUGGAGACCACCUCUUUCUUCUAAAUCAUAUUCUUCGAUGCCCGGCUGGUGUUAGUAAAUGGGCUGUUCCUUUCAUUCAGAUCAAAGUGUUGAAUAACCCUUCAGGGGUCUUUCAUUUUAUGCAGUCCCUUGCCCUGCUAAUGUCUCCUGUCAAGAAUCGAGCCGACUUCCUGUGCCAUAUGAAGCCCAGUGAGCGGAAGCCAUCCUCCUCAGGACCUGCAUCUGGGACGUGGACACUGGUAGAUGAGGGAGGAGAAGAGGAUGAAGACCCUGAGACCAGCUGGAUUCUUCUUAAUGAAGAUGACUUGAUUAUCCUUUUAUCACAGUUUCCAUUUCAUGAACUCUUUCAACAUCUUCUUGGGUUUAAAGCAGAAGGUGAUUAUUUACCUGAAACAACAAGACCUCAAGAAAUGAUGAAAAUUUUUGCCUUUGCUAACUCACUGGUGGAACUUCUGGCUGUGGGGUUAGAAACCUUUAAUAGAGCCCGCUACCGGCAGUUUGUGAAGCGAAUUGGUUUUAUGAUCAGGAUGACCCUUGGUUAUGUGAGUGACCACUGGGCACAGUAUGUGAGCUACAACCAAGGCUUGGGAUUGGCCACGCACACCUACUCUUUACAGAAACUUCAGCUUGAAUUUGAUGAGCUCUUUUUGAGAGCUGUCCUGCAUGUGCUGAAAGCCAAAAGACUUGGCAUUUGGCUGUUCAUGUCGGAAAUGCCCUUCGGGACACUGUCGGUCCAGAUGCUGUGGAAGCUCUUUUACCUCAUGCACCAGGUGGAGAGCGGGAACCUGGAGAAGCUCUGUGCCACUCUUCAGCCUGCUGAGUGCAAGAAGCAGCUGCAAGACCCAGAACAUUUUGUGAACUUUGAGAAGUGUCUUUCUUCCAUGAAUAGCUCGGAAGAGAUUUGUCUUCUGACUACUUUUGCUCAGAUGGCUCAGGCCAGAAGAACCAAUGUGGAUGAAGACUUCAUAAAAAUUAUUAUUCUGGAGAUAUAUGAGGUGUCUUAUGUCAAUCUGUCCACCAGAGAGACUUUUUCAAAGGUUGGUCGAGAGCUUUUAGGGACCAUCACAGCUGUUCACCCUGAGAUUAUUUCUAUCCUUUUGGAUAGAGUUCAAGAUACCAUCGAGCAGGUUGGAAUGGUUUCGUUAUACUUGUUUAAAGAACUACCUUUGUAUCUUUGGCGCCCUUCUGCCUCCGAGAUAGCUGUGAUUCGGGAUUGGUUAUUGAAUUACAACCUGACAACUGUGAAGAAUAAAUUGGCCUGUGUUAUUCUAGAAGGACUGAACUGGGGAUUUGGUGAGCAGGAUACCCUGCACCUGGAUCAGGCAGUCCAUACUGAUGUGGCCCUGGUGAUUCUUGAAGCAUACCAGAAGUACCUCGCACAGAAGCCAUAUGCUGGGCUUCUUUCUGAGAGUAUGAAACAGGUUUCGUAUUUGGCUACUAUUGUUCGAUAUGGAGAGACACCUGAGACCUCCUUUAAUCAGUGGGCCUGGAACUUGAUCUUGAGGUUAAAACUGCACAAAAACGAUUAUGGACUACAGCAGAAUUGUCCAACUGUUCCCUUCUCCAGCACUGUGCCUGACAUGACAGAGUCACCCACAUUUCAUCCUCUCUUGAAGGCUGUUAAGGCGGGCAUGCCCAUUGGCUGUUAUCUGGCCUUAGCUAUGACGACUGUGGGCCACAGCAUUGAGAAGUUCUGUGCAGAAGGCAUCCCACUGCUGGGAAUUCUGGUCCAGAUGAGGCAUUUGAGAACAGUGGUCCAUGUCCUGGAUAAGAUCCUGCCUUUGUUCUACCCUUGCCAGUAUUAUCUUCUGAAAAAUGAGCAGUUUCUGUCACACCUCCUCCUGUUCCUGCACCUGGACAGCGGCAUCCCUCAGGGUGUCACUCAGCAAGUCACCCACAAGGUGGCGCAGCACCUGACUGGAGCCAGCCAUGGGGACAACGUGAAGCUUCUCAACAGCAUGAUCCAGGCUCACAUAUCUGUAAGCACCCAGCCCAAUGAAGUGGGCCCUGUUGCCGUGUUGGAGUUCUGGGUUCAGGCUCUGAUAAGCCAGCAUCUUUGGUACCGAGAACAACCCAUCCUCUUCCUCAUGGACCACUUGUGUAAAACAGCCUUUCAGCUGAUGCAGGAAGACUGUGUGCAGAAAUUACUCUACCAGCAGCAUAAGAAUGCUUUGGGGUACCACUCUGACCGGAGUCUCCUGUCUUCGUUGGUGAGCUGGAUUGUGGCAGGCAACAUCACCCCUUCCUUCGUGGAAGGCUUGGCAGCGCCCACUCAGGUUUGGUUUGCGUGGACAGUGCUGAACAUGGAAUCCAUCUUUGAAGAAGACUCCCAGCUCCGAAGAGUUGUUGAAGGGGAGCUGGUUAUAAAUUCUGCUUUUACCCCCGACCAAGCUCUGAAGAAAGCCCAAGGCCAGCUGAAACUGCCCAUCGUCCCGUCCCUCCAGAGACUGCUGAUUUAUCGCUGGGCCCACCAGGCCCUCGUCACGCCUUCUGAUCACCCCCUGCUGCCUCUCAUUUGGCAGAAGUUCUUCCUCCUGUAUCUUCACCGCCCAGGACCGCAAUAUGGGUUACCCAUAGAUGGUUGUAUUGGAAGAAGGUUUUUUCAAAGCCCUGCUCAUGUCAACUUGUUGAAAGAAAUGAAGAGGCGCCUGACAGAGGUGGCUGACUUCCACCAUGCUGCCAGCAAGGCCCUCCGAGUUCCAGCAGAGGGCAGUGAAGGGCCUUCGGCGAGCCAGGCUGGCACACCUGGUUACCUGACUUCUCCAGAACUGCACACGGAGCUCGUGAGGCUCUUCAAUGUAUAUAUGUUAUGGCUAGAAGAUGAGACUUUUCAAAAAGGAGACACCUAUAUCCCUUCUCUACCAAAGCAUUAUGAUACUCACAGGCUAGCAAAAGUGAUGCAGAAUCAGCAGGAUCUGUGGAUGGAGUAUUUGAACAUGGAGCGCAUACAUCAUGAAUUUCAAGAAAGUGUUGGUCUGUGGAUGCAGGCCAAGCUUGAGUCCCAUUCCACGCUCUGCAGUUUGUCAGUGCAGCUGGACUUCACCGAUCCCUUACUAGCUAAAGAAAGGGUUUUAAGUAACUUGCGGAAGCACGAUGCUCCCCAGCCUCCCCUUGUCCUGCAGCCCGUGAGACCUCCUGUGCCAGUUAUUUCCUCAGCUGUGCUUCUGAGUCAGAAGGAUGCCACUCAGCUGGUACGCACAGACCUAAAUCUGUUGCAACAGCAGGCCAGAACUGCAGCUCUUCGGGAAUCUCAGCAGGUUGCCUUAGACAGUGAGCUGUUGGACACAAUGCCCAAACAGUAUGUUAAUCGUGAAGAACAGAUCACACUACAUUUGGAGUGUAGAGGCAGUAGUGGAAAGAAAUGCCAGGGAGCAGCAAUUGUAACAAUUCAGUUUGAAGGUAUGCAUAAGAAUGAAGCUAUAAGCCAACAACUUCAUGUUUUGAGAAAAGAAGUGAAGCAGUUGCAAGCAGAAGCUGCCAAGCCACCAUCACUUAAUGUUGUUGAAGCCGCUGUGCAUUCAGAAAACUUGAUUACGGCCUUAGUGAAUGCCUACAAGUUGCAGCCUACCCCUGGGGUUCAGAAGGUUGGCAUUAGCCUCUUCUUUACUGUGGUGGAUUAUGUCAGUGAUGAGACUCAGCGUCAUCCUCCCACAAGGCAAUUCUUUACUUCAUGCAUUGAGAUCUUGGGACAGGUGUUUAUCAGUGGCACUAAGUCAGAAUGUAAAAAAUUACUUCAGACCAUUUUGAAGAAUAGAAGACUCUGCUCUCUCUUGUCUCCUUUCUUCACUCCCAAUGCGUCACCUGCAGAGUUCAUACAGCUCUAUGAGAAGGUGGUGAAGUUUCUAAGUGAGGACAACAGUGAUAUGAUUUUCAUGCUGCUAACUAAGUUCGAUCUUAAACAAUGGUUAAACGCCACUAAACCUCCUCUGUCUGAUCGUACCAGGCUCCUGGAGUCCAUUCAUUUGGCACUUACUGCCUGGGGCCUUGAACCAGAUGAAGAUAUUUUGAUGCCAUUUAAUCUCUUCUGUAAGCACUGGACUUUUCUUCUUCUCUACCAGUUCCCUGACCAGUACAGUGACAUUCUCAGGCUGCUGAUGCAAAGCUCUGCUGAGCAGCUGCUGAGCCCUGAGUGUUGGAAGGCCACUCUGAGAGCCCUGGGCUGCUGCGCGCCAAACUGCCAGCAGGGGGCAGCUUCUGCCGAGAGCUCGGUGCUUCAAGGAUCUUCAGAUGUUCUCUUGUCAGACAAGCAGGUAAUGGAGACAAUACAGUGGCUCUCAAACUUUUUUUACAAGCUUCGGUUAUCAACAUUGGACUUUAAAAGCUUUGGUUUAUUCUCAAAAUGGAGUCCUUAUAUGUCUGAUAUGGAGACACUUUUGGGCUAUCUGGUGAAAAGAUUGCUUGACUCUGAAGCGAUCUGCUUGGCCCAAGACCCAUCUGCCAGCAGCAAAACAGUGCUGAGAUCCCUGCACUCAGUAAUCAUCCAGCUCUUUAAGCCAUGGAUUCUGGUUUUAGAGGACAAUGAAAGCAGCAGCCAGCGGCAUUACCCCUGGCUCGAGAGUGACGCUGUGGUGGCCUCAAGCCUUGUGCGGCUCUUCACCGACUGUAUUGACUCAUUGCACCAGAGUUUUAAAGAUAAAUUGUUGCCGGGUGAUGAAGGAGCCCUUCGGUUACACUUGAUGCAUUAUUGUGAAGCAUGUACAGCUCCCAAAAUGCCCGAGUUCAUUCUGUACGCUUUCCAUAGUGCGUACCGGAAACUCCCGUGGAGGGACCUGCAACCCGACCAGGUGCUCAUGGAGGCCUUCUUCAAAGUGGAACGGGGAAGCCCCAAGAGCUGCUGCUUAUUUUUGGGGUCUAUCCUUUGUGAAGUCAAUUGGGUCAGUGUGCUCUCUGACGCAUGGAGCCCCAGCCCCCACCCAGAGACACGGAGCAUGAUUGUGUGUCUCCUUUUCAUGAUGGUUUUAUUGGCAAAGGAAGAUCAACUGGUAGACCAGACAGAUUCACCUUUGCUUAGUCUCCUUGGACAGACAAGCUCAUUUUCAUGGCAUCUUGUGGAUAUUGGGUCGUACCAGAGUGUGCUGGGUUAUUUCAGCAGCCACUACCAGCCAUCCAUCAUCCUGGCAAAGGAAUCUUCUGCUGAAUUAAUCUUGAAACUCCUGAAAGUGUCUGCAGGUCUUUCCAUUCCUACUGACAGCCAGAAACAUCUUGAUGCUGUUCCAAAAUGCCGAGCCUUUACUCAUCAGAUGGUUCAGUUCCUCAGUUCCCUGGAACAAAAUGGAAAAAUCACCUUACCAGUCCUAGAGCAGGAAAUGGCUAAGCUCCUGGAUGAUAUCAUUACCUUUAACCCACCUGACAUGGACAGCCAGACCCGCCACAUGGCCCUUAGCAGCCUGUUUAUGGAAGUUCUCAUGAUGAUGAACAAUGCCACUAUUCCAACGGCAGAAUUCCUGCGGGGCAGUAUCCGGACCUGGAUUGGGCAGAAGGUGCAUGGGCUGGUGGUGCUGCCCCUUUUAACAGCAGCCUGCCAGAGCCUGGCUUCCGUCCGCCACAUGGCUGAGACAACGGAAGCCUGCAUCACUGCCUACUUCAAAGAAGGCUCCCUCAAUCAGAAUUUAGGAUGGGGUCCAAUCCUGGUGUCCCUCCAAGUUCCUGAACUCACCAUAGAAGAAUUUCUUCAGGAGUGCCUGUCCCUUGGCAGUUACCUGACUCUUUAUGUCUACUUGCUUCAGUGUUUAAAUAGCGAGCAGACUCUGAGGAAUGAAAUGAAGGUGCUGUUCCUCUUAAGCAAGUGGUUGGAACAGGUGUAUCCCAGCUCUGUGCAGGAAGAAGCGAAGCUGUUUCUGUGGUGGCACCAAGUCCUGCAGCUGUCCCUGAUUCAGGCGGAGCAGAAUGACACAGUCCUGACAGAAUCCGUCAUUCACAUACUGCUCAUGCUUCAGAGCAGGCAAAGCCUGGUGGCCGAGGAAAGGCUCAGUUCCGGGAUUCUCGGAGCAAUUGGGUUGGGCCGGAAGUCGCCCUUGUCUAACAGGUUCCGAGUGGUUGCCCGAAGCAUGGCUGCCUUCCUCUCAAUUCAGGUUCCUGCCGGGGAUCAGAUCCGUUUGAAGCCCAGCUCUGAAUUACAUCUGUCCCUGAAAGCACAGCAGGCUCUGGCUGCUCUUGAAUCCUUGACAUCAAGUAAGCAGUAUGUUGAAUACCAGGAUCAGAUCUCGCAGGCCACACAAUUUAUAAAGAGUCCUGGUCAUUGCCUCCAAGAUGGGAAAAGCCUCUUGGCUCUUCUUGUUAACUGUCUUUAUCCAGAAGUGCAUUAUUUGGACAACAUCCGAUAGUAACACUGAGGCUCUUGAAAAACCCUGUUGCUGUUUAUGUUUACAUGUGACUUUGCUGUUGCACAAGUAACUUUGUUCACUUUAACUGCUGAACUCAGUUUGGCCAAUGGGUGAGUUGACUGAGAAGCAAAUUGCAAGGCACUAGGUAUUUCUGUUGUGCAUGUGCACAUGUGUAUGUGUUUUGAUGUAUGUUUUUAUGUUUUAAUGUUUAUCCAACAAGAGAAAUGUACUAAGUUCCACUUGGGUUCAGAGCCACUCACAGUUGCCAAAUAGCCUAGUCAUCUCACCAGACCCCAAGGUGGGGUUCCUCUGUCUCCAUUUCUCUCUCCUCAUAUUUAUUUAAAUGUUAAGACUCCUGUGCCACAUCUAAUUUAGGAAUCAUGUAGAACCCUUGCUUUUGAAACCCAUAUAUGUUCCUUCAAAAUAAAACAAGCUUUGAAAAUUUCUGCCCUUCUCAAAUGUGGGAAAACGUAUUUCCCACAUUUUUGGAGGGGAAUAUAUAUUUUAUUAUUUCUCUCAAAUGGAAGAUAAAAAUGCUAAAUUAUCGUGAGUCAUUGUCCAAAAUAUGGCCACAUGAUCCACUGGACUGAAGAGAUGGUGACCAGUUUAUUUCCACCCAGCCACGCGUCCUCACAGAGAGCGCCAGACACCUGAGUGGGGUUGGGUGCACACAGUGUGGAUUUUGUUUGGCGCAAAUGGAAGAGCUUGUAGUCAGCACUCACUCCAGUUCGUUACAGACUUAAAUUCCCUUUGGUCCUGCCCCAGCCAUCCCCUUAUUCUCCUCAUUUACGUAGCCCCCAGGCACAUCUAAGCUGGUAACCUUGAUGGACACCAAGUCUGGUACUGGAAGGCCCUAGCAUGGACAGACACACAUGGACAGAUGUUGAGAAUUCAAUUCUCUGUUCCCUAUGUGUUGCUUCACUCCAUAUUUAGACUCAAACGAAGCUAGCAAACCUGUUGAAACACUUGUACAUGGAAACUGGGUCAGGACAGGAGACUGAAAAUGAAAUUUGUUUUUUCCAGUUGCCAUGUAUCUCCUGUUGCUAACAGUUUAUUCCUUCAUUACCAAAGCCUGUAACUUUGCCUUGUUCUGUCACCUUCUUUGUGCUCUUGUUAUUUUCCUCAGGAAUUAGCAGUUUGACUUCUGUCUUCAUAUUUGUAAUACCAUAGCCUCAGAAUUGAUUCUCUUUGUCCAGCUUGUCUUUGUUGAGUUAUCUAUAGCGCAAGGAUAGUCACCUGAAAAUGUCUGAACAGUCACAGAGAACUUUAAAUGGCGAGAUAGGGAUACCGAUUAACUGAGUGAUAAUCUCUUUUUAAAUAUCCUUUUGGAGUGCUUCCCCCACAUUUGGAAGUGUGCAGGAAUUGCUCUUUAUUUGGAACUUCUUUAGUCGGACAGAACAAUUCUGCCUCACAGACAUAGCUGAUAGAGAUCUGCCUGCUCAGCCUCCAAGCUGUAGGCCACCAAGUGUCCACCCUGAGGGCAUGUCUCAGCGCUCCUUGUGUUUGCUUCUCUCCAUUUCCAAGUCAGUGAUCUUCCCUGCGCUGUUGAUGGGAAAAUUUUAGAUGCUUUGGACAGUUUAAUAGCUGAUUUGGCAACAAAGGUUUUAUGACAGGAAAUAUUUUGUGUGCUGUUUUCUUUGAGGAGGAUGUAAUUAUUGAUAUCCUAGAAUGUGAAAUGUUUGAGUGAAGUAUGUACAUUUUAAAAAAAUUAUGAUUAAUCUGUUAAUUUUUGAAGGUUUAUAAUAUUUAUAGUAUCUUUGGCCUGUAAAAAUUAUAAAAAAAAUAAAAUCAAUCUUUGGUUGUAGCUGGUAAGAAUUCUAUUUUUAGGGAUAGUAAACUAUCUUGUAAAGUAUUUCAGUUGGUCAAAUUGAUGCAGAUUUUAUGCCUGAUGUCAUCUGACUCUAACUUGAUUAUCGGAGAUGGUGAGGAAAAGUGCUUCCUUUCUAACUCCUUCACACUUCACCGAAGGGGUGCUCACCCUGUGAACAGUAAUAUUCAGAACUCCAUUUAAAUGAGGCCGGGAGGCUAGAAAGUGGCCACACAGGCACACAAGUCAGCAAACUACAGAACCCCACAUGCCUGGCAUCUCUCAAGGGAGGGAAUACAAAUUCCCCUCCUGUGGAACUGAGGGGUGGGCUCGCCAGAGGUCGUAUAGAGUUAGUUAGUUUUGGGCUUGGGUAAGUGCCCUGGAUCUCAUCAUGAACACCCAUUCACCAAUCGGUCCUCUAGUCUGUUUCCUCGUAAACUCUACUUGUUAUUGAAAUAACUGAUUGCUUUUGUUUGAGGUCAGCAACCAUAUAAGUUCCUCUGAGAGGCUCUGGUCUAAGAAAGUGAGCCAAAGACACUGAAAUAGCUCAGAAGUUGGCAAUGCUGCUGAAGCCUCCUGGAAAAGAAUAGACCUGGCAGACAAAACAGCACUGACAGUGGCUUUCAGGAACAACGGGCUUUUGCUCCAGAAAACAGCCUCCAGAGUCCAGGUCCCAGUUCCAGGACUUAUGUGCACUGCAUGUAGAUACACAGAUUAAGCAAGACCAAGUGCAUCUGUGCCCAGCAACGUGGAAGGUGAAAGGGUGUGACUGCAAACUGCCCACACGUGGCCCUCAGUGCUGCUGGUUCAGACAGAUGUGUAGCCGCUGCCUGGAUGCCAUGAAAAACCCCUCUUCUGCUUCUCCACUCAUCCCCACCACAGUACACAAAGGACUGGUCAGAGAGGCACCUGACAUGCUCUCCCUCAUUCUCUUAGCCCCAGCCUUUAACUCUGCAACAAGCAAACACUGACAGGAGACGAAGGCACAGAUGCUGAGGCAGGAGUCCUGUAGCUGAGUCUGCUGAGCCUGACACUGGAACCAGACCCCCACCCUACAAGUGCCUGGGGCUGCGAGACCUACAGAGGACCUCGGCUCCAGGCACGACUCCUUUUGCAGUUUCAGGAUCAGUUUGUUGGCUCAGCCACAUUUGCCUUCUCGGGGCUAUGCCUAAAUCUGUCAGUUUCAGUCCCUUGAGCUUGAGGAAAGUGAGGAAAGCCUAGUCCAGACACUCCUCCCCUACAGAGCAGCCUGUCCCGGCUUUAGUCAAGUGCCAACCCCAACCCUGAUCCUCCACCCUCCACCCCCUCUCCCAGGGCCUGCAGUCCCACCCCUGGAUGCCAGGCCCAGGCUGCUACUGGCUAGCUGUUUGUACUUCUUCAUUUGGAACUCAAGCCCACCUCUGGCUAACGCUGCUCAGGAAUCUGCAGGAAUAAGCCAGGCGAGGGCUGCUCUUGCCCCUCACAUGAGACACACUCAGACCGUCAUGUCUCUGACCCAACCUCUGCCCAUCCAUGGAUCCCCUUCAGGCUAAAUGCUCUCCCCCACCAUGGCAACAGGGCUACACGUGGGGAAAAUGCUCACGUAUUCUAAGAGAGGACAGUGUCCAGGACUUGGGUGAGACAAAGGAGGCACCAAGGGCACAAAUUUAAGUUGCCACUUGCCUGCAGGCACUGGGAGAAUGUACUUCUUUCAUGCUGUGCCCUCAUCCUAGUCCGUGCCCUGGUAGUUGGCCCCCCAGCAUGGACCAGCAGUGUGACCAUCAUGCCUGUGGACACUUGGUGGCCUCCACUCACAGUUAUGCCCUGUGACUGGCACAACCAGUGCCGUGUUUGAGCUCCAGAUCUCCAGCGUCGGUCCCCUCACAUACCUGCAGCAUAGGGCUAAAAACAGGCCCCUCUGCACUCACCUUUAAAUGACUCUUCAUUUGGGGCCAAUUUGACAGCUUAUUUGAGGUAGUACUUGAUCAUUUUUCUGCUUCUUAAGCAAAAUGUGUUCGAUGUUGGAAAUAAGUAUGGUUGGUGGUUUUUUUAGGGUUGCCUGUGAUCUUCCAUUGGCUUCUGAGUUUACAGCACGGAGUUCUUAAGUCAGUUCUGUGAUGAGCCUCAAAUCUAGACACCAGAUGUCCUAUAAAGGCCAGAAUUACUAUUUUCUUCAGUCCAGAUAGGUUCCUGAUUUGUGAUGACAAUAACUUGGAAAAAAAAUUAACUACUGACCCUAUUUUGGGAUAAUGAGCUCAAUAAGGAAAAUUAUUGAUUAUAACUUCUAUUAUAUAGAUGAAACAGCUCCCAUCGAGCACUGAGUUAGUUUAUUUUUCCUUCAAAGACUUAAAAUCACUUACAUAGUGACAAAUACCUCAAGUGUGUUCAACUCCUUUCCUUCCUGCAUGUCAUUACAUGUGGGAUAUUCAUUUCCUACACAUUGUUCAGCAUUUUACAUGUUUGUAUAAAGGGUGACUUUUUAUAUAAUGAUGAGAAACAGAGAAAUGGGAAUUGGUUAAGUAAACUUCUGCAAAUAAACUAGAUUCACUUUUAA